AGUUGGUUAACGUUGCAGUGUGUCUGGUGUGCAUGUUUGUCCUCACCGUCGACGCUUCGCUUUCUUCGGUUUACCAGUCAUGCUUCGAUCCAUGCCAUUCUGCUUGCAAAGACACAGGAAAAACCGUCUUUGCAUGCGGAAAAGAAUGUGAAAGGGGAUGUACAGACAAGGCGUAUAAAGAGGGCAAGCUUAAGGACGAGAGCAAGGAACUUAAGGAAGAGGAGAAGGAACUUUGGGCCUUUCAGAAAAAACAAGUUAAGGAGUAUAUGGACAUGCGUUGCAAGGACUUUGAGAAUAAGCAAUGUAAGGACGACGACAAGGAAUGUAAGGACGAGGCGAAGUUCUGUAAGGACAUGCAUAUGGCCUUUAAGGAAGAGAACAAGCAGCUUAAGGAUGAGGACAAGCUUCUUAAGGACGACAAUAAGCUAGUUAAGGAUGAGGAAAAACAACUUAAUUAAGGAUGGGAAUAAUAAUAAAGCAAUCUAUUAUAUUUAAUGUGAAACAUCAUAAGAUUUCUAUAUUUGAAGUCAAGAUUGUAUUCUGAGAUAGUGGUGG